AUGGCCGCCGUUUCAGUCGACGGAAAAGCUAGAUACCAGCAAAACAUGACGUCACCGACCAGCCAGCCAACCAAAUGCCAGCUAACGAGGUCAACUAAAAACCCGUAUGUCGUACACUGCCUAAACGACGGAUCCUUCGACCCAAUUCAGUGCCAUGACGUCACAAAGGAGUGUUGGUGUGUGGAUGAGGAUGGCGAGUACAUCCAGAACACCAUCGUGAAGAUGCCACGCCAGCCCAUCUGCAACCAUCACGGGAAACCUUUUUACAUCUCUCCCGAACAUACAUUUACAAACACCGGGAAGGACACGCCCCAAACCAAUUACGUCACUCGAACUUCGACCAAUCAGGAGAAAGCAGACGACGGUCAAGAUGAGGAUGCAAACUAUCCCAACCUGAAUGGAAAGAAUCUUCACAAUAAUAAUAAUAAUAAUCAUAAUAAUAAUAAUAAUAAUAACAAGAACAAAAGUGGAAGCAAUCCUGAUCACAGUAGCAACAAAAUCAGCGAUACAACCAGGGAAAACCAGGAAAAAAAUAAGAAUAAUCCAAAAGACGAUAGCGAUGAUGCUGAUGAUGAUGCUUACAACGAUGAUGAUGAUGAUUACAAUGGUAGUGAUGAUGAUGAUGAGACAGAAACAUCUUCGUCGUCGUCGUCAUCAUCAGUUGCACUGGCCAAACACGAUCCCGUAUUUACUGUUGGAAUUUCCCUAAUCGUCAUCGCGUUCAUCAUCAUCAUCGUCAUCAUCACCGCCUGGAUAAUUCAUCGCUUUAGACGGAAAGACGAAGGAAGCUACGUUUUGGCCGUUUCAGAGCUCGUCACUUCCUCUUCCGGAUAUUCCAUUACCAAAAACAGUGAAUACUUCGCGUAG